CGAGACGUCUGGGAUUUUUUUAAAAUCCAACGGCUGAUAAAUUUGCCGGGAUUUCUAGGAAACUACAAGAUAAUUUAGCGAGUUUUAGCUAUUUAUCCGUGGAGUAAGUCUUUCUGAAUGUGUCCUGAGGGGAAUUUUCGUAGGAAAAUGGUGGAAAGGUAGAGAUAUUCCAGUAAAAUUUGUGUAGUCAAAGUCUCUUAAGCUCCACGUGGUGGCAGCACUUGAGCUCACGGUGGUGUCGUGUCAUAUUUUCCGGCUUUGUCGGGUGUUUUCUUCGAAAAAAUCAGGGAAAAGCUUGUAAAAUGCGUGGAAAUUUGUGUUUUCUGGUCCUGCUGGGGGUCCUCCUGACCACCCAUGGGGCAAUAGAUGUGGAGAUUGAGAAUAAAAAUGUAGACAGGACAAUUGACGUGAUAUCGCAGCUCGUGAAGAUCUCCUACAAGAUAACCCUGGAGGCAAAAUCCAAGAAGGAUAUCAGCCUGUACACCUUUGUGGUUCCUGAGAGGGAUGCUGAACACCUGGCCUACAUCUCUGCCAAGGAUGCCACGAAGAAGGAGUUGAAAUUGAGCGAUACAAAGACAAAAUAUGGGGUUAGCUUUCGGAUUGCUCUGGCCACUCCAUCGGCAAAUCCAGUAAUUUACAUCGAGACAGUGUUCACGAAGCUCCUGCAGCCGUAUCCAACUCAAAUAGCCCAGUCGGACAAGCAGUUGGUGAGGUACUUUGGGCAUCUGUACUUCUACAGUCCGUACAAGACGCUGAGUCAGAAGACGACGGUGCACAUGGCUUCGAGGAAUGUCGAGAGCUACACCCAGGUCAAACCCGUCUCCCAGUCGGAUACCAUCCUGAAUUAUGGGCCGUACGAGAACAUCGGACCCUUCCAGGAGGAUGAACUGGUUGUGCACUAUGAGAAUCACUCGCCAUUCCUCACGGUGACGCGCCUGGAGAGGACCAUUGAGGUCUCCCAUUGGGGAAAUAUUGCCGUGGAGGAAACCAUCGAUAUGGUGCACUCCGGAGCUGUUCUCAAGGGCUCCUUCUCUCGCUACGACUUCCAAAAAGACACCCGAAGUGGCCAGUCUAGCGUCAAAUCCUACAAAACCAUCCUCCCGGCCUCAGCUUCCGGAGUCUACUAUCGUGACACCAAUGGCAACAUCUCAACUUCUGCCAUGCGCAUCCUCAAGGAUUCCGUCGAACUCGACCUUCGACCCCGAUUCCCCCUUUUCGGCGGCUGGAAAACUCACUACACUCUCGGCUACAACGUCCCUUCCUUCGAGUACCUCUUCCAUUCCGGCGAGAACUACCUCCUCAAACUCCGUGCCAUCGAUCACAUCUUCGAUGACAUGGCCGUGGACGAGCUAGUAGUGAAAAUCAUCCUCCCCGAGGGCAGUGGAAACAUCAAACUAAUCACCCCGUACUCCGUCACCAGGCUCCCGGAUUCCCUCCACUACACCUACCUGGACACCUUCGGCAGACCCGUCAUCAGCUUCACGAAGCGCAAUCUCGUGGAGAAUCACAUCAGUGAUCUCAAUCUCAAGUACACCUUCUCCAGGAUCAUGAUGCUGCAGGAGCCUCUGCUCGUCGUUGGCUUCUUCAUGAUCCUCUUUGUGCUGGUCAUCAUCUGGAUGCGAUUGGACUUUACCAUUUCGCGCGAGAAGGAAGUUCACCAUCACAAAGAUUAGUCACACAUUUUUCCUGUAUUUAAUUUUUUUUCUGUGAAACAUUCUCAACCGGAAGAUCCGGAAGCAUUCCGGACAAACCGGAAGCAUUUUGUAAGGAAGGAAGAUCCAAAAAUAAAAAAAAAGUCCAAUAAAUGUGUGAGAUAAUUACA